AUGAAAUCUAAUCAUAGAGCUAUCUCAAUAUCUACAUUAGUAAUAUUGUUACCUAUGUUAGUAACAUCCGCUAGUUUUAUUUGUAGCUCGGUUACACAAAGUUAUACUAUACUUACAUAUUGCAAAAAUGGUAGUAAAUGUUUAAUAGAAACAAUUGGAGGCAAUGGAAUAAAUACUCAAAUCAAAUGUAUAUGCAAUUUUGGAUAUGGUCUACCUGAUUGUUCACUAGAGAUACCUGGAGCUAUAUCAACUGAUAUUGAAAAUGAAACCAAAAAUACCUGCUGGUUAGAGGAUCUCCUUCAAGUAAAUCAAGAAUACAAUAAUUUUGCUUUAUAUAAACAUAUAUUUAAUGGAUAG